CCAUGCGUUCACAGGGAUUACGGAAACGGAGGGACAGUCUGUGUGUGCGAUGAAAGCCAUUGCGACGACUUGGAGGCCAUUCACAAGACUGACAAACAGGUGGUCACUGUUUACGAGUCCUCAAAAAGUGGCCAUCGAUUGGACAAAUCGACACUUAAUUUCGGCCAAAAGUUUAUAACUAAAGCAAACAAAUUGGUGAUAAUAAAUGUGGACAAAACCCGACCCUUAUAUCAGGCAAUCAUAGGAUUUGGGGGCGCCUUCACAGACGCCGCCGGUAUUAACAUUAAAAGUUUGCCACAAAUACUACAAAAGCGGUUAAUUGAGGACUAUUUCGGGGAAACGGGUAUUGAGUAUACAUUGGGUCGGAUACCGAUCGGGGGCUCAGACUUCUCCACACAUGCCUAUAGUUAUGACGACAACUAUAAAAAUGAUUUCCAAUUUAAACACUUUAAUCUAAUGAAAGAGGAUUUUGAUGAUAAGGUUUUUACUAAUUUAUAUAUACCGUUAAUUAAAGCGGCUAAACAAGUGAGCAAGCACGAUUUGAGACUGUUUGGCAGCCCGUGGUCACCACCUGCUUGGAUGAAAAACAAUUCAGAGAUAAACCAUGGUGGUUUUCUAAUUGGCAAACCUGGUGGUAAAUACUAUAAGGCAUUCGCUAAUUAUUUAGUGAAAUUUAUGGACUCAUAUAAAGCACAGGGCAUACCAUUAUGGGGUAUUACCGUAGAGAACGAGCCCGAAAUAGCCCGAUUACUAGGAGAAAACCAUACCUUCAAUAGUAUGGCAUUCACUCCCGAACUGCAACGGGAUUUCCUGAAACUAGAUUUGGGUCCCAUUAUGUCUGCCGCCGGUUAUGGGCCUAACGUUACCCGAGUUAUGGUUUGCGACGAUCAGAGACCCUUCAUUGCCAACUGGUCUGACAUCAUAUACCGGGACAAAGAGGCGGCCCAAUACGUGUCCGGAAUGGCCUUUCACUGGUAUAUUAACAAUGAAAGCAAUGUGGUCAAUCUGGACACUGUACAC